GUGUAGCUGGGCACAGUCACGUAGAGAGAGAGAGAGAGAGAGAGAGAGUCAGCUUGGACAGAGACUGCACGCCACACACAGUCCAGGACCAGGAGGGCAGGAGAGAUCAGCGCGCACCCACACUCAAACACACACGCACACACAGACAGGCCACACCGAGAGAUUUGAGUUAAGAUGCCGCACCAGUACCCACCACUCACUACUGAGCAGAAGAAGGAGCUGUCCACCAUCGCUCACAAAAUCGUAGCCCCUGGGAAGGGAAUCCUUGCUGCAGAUGAAUCCACCGGGAGCAUGGCCAAGAGGAUGUCCAGCAUUGGCGUGGACAACACAGAAGAAUAUCGCCGCUAUUACCGACAGAUCCUGUUUGAGGGCACCGAGCAGGUCAAGCAGCACAUUGGGGGCAUCAUCUUUUUCCACGAGACCCUUUAUCAGAAGAACGACCACGGCGUCACCUUUGUCAAGCUGAUCAAGGACAAAGGCAUUGUUCCCGGCAUCAAGGUUGAUCUGGGGGUCGUCCCACUUGCCGGAACCAAUGGAGAGACAACAACCCAAGGUCUGGAUGGAUUGAACGAGCGUUGUGCCCAGUACAAGAAAGAUGGAGCUGACUUCGCCAAGUGGCGCUGUGUCCUGAAAAUCACUGACACCACUCCAUCCAGACUGGCCAUCAUGGAGAACGCCAAUGUUCUGGCUCGCUACGCUAGCAUCUGUCAGCAGAACUGCAUUGUCCCCAUCGUGGAACCCGAGAUCCUCCCGGACGGUACCCAUGAUCUGAAGAGAUGCCAGUACAUCACAGAGAAGGUCUUGGCUGCUGUGUACAAGGCCCUGAGUGACCACCAUAUUUACCUUGAGGGGACCUUACUGAAACCCAACAUGGUGACUCCAGGACAUGCCUGCACACACAAGUACACCUCCGAGGAGAUUGCAAUGGCAACUGUUACUGCUCUACGGCGAACUGUCCCACCAGCAGUCCCUGGCGUUACUUUCCUGUCUGGCGGUCAGAGCGAGGAGGAAGCGUCCAUCAAUCUCAAUGCCAUCAACAAGUGCCCCCUGCACAAGCCCUGGGCCCUGACCUUUUCCUAUGGUCGAGCCCUGCAAGCCUCUGCCCUGAAGGCCUGGUCUGGCAAGAAAGAUCACACCAAGGCAGCCGAAGCAGAGUUUGUCAAGCGUGCUCAGGCUAACGGACUGGCAGCCGAAGGCAAGUAUGUGGCCAGUGGUGCCGCGGGGGCUGCUGCUGGUCAGUCCCUCUUUGUUGCCGGCCACGCGUACUGAGGAGACAAGGAGUCCCGAGGGGCAGAGGCACCCGGAGUCCGGACAGACCCAGACGCUGUGUCCACCCGACGGCCAAGAUUCUCUUCGGCUUCUUGUGAAAACCUGUGUCAACGACGUUCGCCCCCCCCUGCCCCCCAAACCCACCCCCACCAUCGUCCCCCAGUUCAAAAUAACACUCCCGCUGGGCACUCGCACGUCCGCCAGCUGAUCGACUGGGGCGGGCAUCGUCUCCCUCCCCACCUAGCCGCCCCCCACCUCCUUCCCCUCGCCAGUUGUGUUGUUUACGUCUAGAGUUACUGGCUGCGUCUCCCCCCACCCCCCUGUGUCUGUACCCCAGUGUGCCCAGGCAUAUCGGUGUUGUGCCACCUCCAUCUCAGCCGAUACCCCCCCCAACCACCCCCCGCCACCCAGCUGAAUGUGGUUUAAUCACUGUGAUCGCACUCAAUCCCGCUGGUGACUGGGGAGCUGUGUCUCUCUCUCUCACGCCCGUCACUCCUCUGUAGUUAAAGCAACGAUGAAUAAACCCAGAAUAUACUGAAA